AUGCUUAGAUGCUUUAUUCAAGAUUUUUAUUUAUACUCAACUGAAACAAUUUUAAUUUGGGCAACUAAAAAAGAAAUUUCAUUACUUAUUAUCGAUUUUACUCAAAAUGAAGCACAGAUUCCAUUCAAAUAUACUAAUGAACAUAUAUUUUUACAAAUAUUUGUUACAACAAACUACCUAGUUUACAAUGUUUUUCGUUUUAUUGCGGAUGACAAUAUAGAUUUUUAUGAUCAAUUAGUUGUACCACUUCUACGUCGAAUAUUAAACCUAAAUAAACUUGAUUUACAUCUUAUUAUUAAUUGUUCUAUAGGAUUUAUUGAUGGAAAUGAUUUGAAGAAAAAUAUUCUCCAUAAUCUAUCACAAUUAAAUCAAUUUAGUGUACCAUUAAAUUAUAAUAUUCAAUGUACAUUCAAAGAUUUAGCAUAUAAUCAAAUUAGAUCUUGUGUUGAUUAUUUCCAAGAGAUUCAAUAUUAUAUUUAUUCGUAUCCACAUUUGGAUAGAGUAAUACAUUAUCGUGAAGUAACAGAACAUUUUGUAAGUGGAUUAUUUAAAUCUAUUCGUGAAAUAUCACUGUUUGAUGAACAUUCAUUUCAAAAUGAAUUCUGUUUUUUUCGAAUUUCUAACUCAUUUCUAUCAUUGAAAAAAUUAACUGUAAAUAAUAAGCAGUCACAAUAUGAUAAACAGCAUCGAAAAGCAAAUGAUGACCAGAAUAAUAUUAUAAUUAUUCAAUAUCUUCAUCUAUAA